CUUACUCAAUUAUUUAUGAAACACUGAAGUAUGUUUGAUUGUUUUUUUUCCAAGGAAAAUUCAAGUCGAAAAGAAAAUCAAAAGAAAUUAGCCUCGAAAUCAUCAGUUUUGGUCAUUAAACCUCCCAAAGGGAUCUAUAUUCGAGCUUGUACGUUCAGUGAUGCACCUGGAUUUCGGAUGUCUUGAGUAUUCCUUUGCGGUUGCAUCUUCGUCUUGUCACCCCCCCGUAUUCAGUCCGAUAAAUACAGUCAAUAUUUCGAGAUGAACUUGUAAAGGCCUUCGAGGUAUUGAGAGGUGAUGUUGAUCCUCACCUUGGUGUUGGCUUUGAAUGCUAUUAAAGGAUCUGCAUCCGCAAGCAACUUCUUGGAAGUCAUCCCUGGAGACGUUUCGCAAAUUCCUUUGUGCCAAGAGCAAGCUGUGCUCCAAUGCCAAAGAGUGAAAAUCGAUGUGGAUAGCUUGUUCUAUGGAAGAGAUUUGACGUUUCCCUUGGGCUUCACUUUGGUCAAGAAAUAUGAAUUUCCAGGUUCAUCUGUGGGAUCACGGGUGUUCUCUUAUGAGGCAGCAGACGGAUGCAGUGCUCUAAUGGUUGUGGAUAAAAAUAAAAUGAUAUCAGGCUCAAUUGAUCUGGCAAGUGGAAGAUCUUUUUCAAUUGACCCUUGUGGAAAUGACCAUCAGAUUUGGAGGGAGAUGAACACCACCAGAAAUAGACGAGAUGAAGAGAACAGAUACAAAACCUUCUCCACUCUGAAUAGAUCAGGAAAUUAUCGCCGUAAAAACGUCUUUCGGCAGGGUGUUGCCAAGAUCAGUUUGAAAAUAUACUACACCAAGGAGCUGAAAGCCAAGGUUAGGGACAUCAACCCUGUUCUUGAGUUCGUCCUGGCCGAAGCCAACUCCAUCAUGAAAAAUAGCGAACUGGCCAUUGUCUUUGAACUCCUUUGUCCGGAACAGAUCGCAAUAUCUGAAAACGCUCACUCAACCUCGAGAACGUUCUUUUUGGCUGUCGUUCGCUCCAAACGAACCACUGACGCAUUGUACGACUCGGCUGACUUGGCCGUGGUUCUGACCUCUAAAGAUUUUGAUAACUUUUGCGGGGAAGCAGCCACCAUCAACGUUUUGAAUAGCGAGUUUCAACUUUUUGACGAUAGCUACCGGUUGGCUUGGGUUUCCUACAAAUGCGGACGGGAUACGUUUACCCACGAAAUUGGUCAUUUAUUGGGAGCAUGGCAUGAUAGAGCCACUGUUGGUUGCAACGCUCAAUGUCGGAACUUUCCUUAUGGAUACCGUGUUCCUGCGUCAAGGCUUCAUACCGUCAUGGCGUAUGGGAACAACCAAUAUACAACUCCGGUGAGGCGAUUUUCUUCGCCGUUCUUGUUCUUCAGUGGCCAAAGAUUGGGAUCCUUUGAGAAUGAUAACCGUCGAAAACUGAUGAUUACAAGCUUUGAAGUGGCGGCCUUGGGCAAUGAGAAUAAAAAGGAUUGCAAGGGAGCCCAAGCCCAAUGUGACGAUAUAGCCACCAGUUAUCAAUGUAAUUGGCUUAAGAGACGAGGCCACUGCCGUGCGGUGAGCUUCUACUUCCGGUAUACGGAAAGGUACUGCAAGAACUCCUGUGAUCGUUGCUGAUGUAUGUUAAUAAAUUGUUGCAAGCAAUGCCAA